AUGAGCCUAGUAUUAGCUUUAACAAUUAACACACUCCUAGCCUUAUUACUAAUAAUUAUUACAUUCUGACUACCACAGCUCAACACCUACAUAGAAAAAGCUAACCCCUACGAAUGUGGAUUCGACCCACUAUCCCCCGCCCGCAUCCCAUUCUCCAUAAAAUUUUUCCUAGUCGCAAUUACUUUCUUACUAUUUGACCUAGAAAUUGCUCUACUACUACCUCUACCAUGAGCUCUCCAAACGACAAGCCCAUCACUAACAAUCACAUCAUCACUUACAUUAAUCACUAUUCUAGUCCUAAGCCUAGCUUACGAAUGAUCACAAAAAGGGCUGGAUUGGGUCGAAU